CUGUACAAUUGAAAAAACAAUAUUUUGUAGAAAAGGGGCAAAUAUGUCUUUUUAGCAAAGCACUCACUGAAACCCGAACUUGCUCCCGGCUCCAACAUCCGACUUCUAGGGUUCUGACCAAUUUUACCCUAAAAAUUUCCCGGAAAAUUAUCGAGAAAAAUGGACGGGAAAAUGGAAAUCUCUCUCGACAAGCUUCCCAUCAAGCGCUUGGACGUCAUCGAAGAAAACGGUCUCGAACGAUUUCCUCCUGAUGUAGGUUACGAAGAGAAGCGGCAAUCGCUGAUUCGGAGAAUCGAUUUCGCUUGGGCUGUGGAGAAGGACGAGAACAAGAAGCAGAAGAAGAGCUCGAAAGAGAGUGCAGCAACGCAAUGGCAAUGGCAGAGCAUGGUGGAGAACUUGCAGCUGGCACACCAGGAGCUCUCUGUCAUUAUAGAUCUCAUCAACACUGUGGAAACGAAUGAUGCUGUAACAGUGGCUAGCAUGACGCGUCCAAAGCCAUUUCAUGAUGAAGUUAUGUCUGAUCUUGCUGUAUCUGCAGCAACCAAGCUACAAUGCUUCCGGCAUCUUGGGAAAUACUUUAAGCAGUCUGCCAAAGCUUUGGAGCGGCAGGUUGCUAGAGAAGCAAGAUUUUAUGGUGCUCUAAUCAGAUUGCAGCAGAACUGGAAAGUUAAGCGGCAGCGUGUGGCAGCUUCAGCUUCUGGAAAUGAAGGCUUCACCAUUGAUCUCUUUGACAGUUCAUUAUAUGAUCCAGCUGCUAUAUUUCGGCCAUCUUCUCUUUCUACAGUUCGUGUUGACCAUGACUCAGCUGGCAUGCUAGCAAUAAAUUUACCUCCAAACUCAUACCGUUCGCUCCAAUUUGGCUUUCUUGGUGCUGAUCCGGGUGUUAGUCCAAUUGAAUCCAGUCAAACCAAAAUCCGUUUGUCAAGUGAAGCUGAGAAAGAAUCUGUGAGCGACGAUGAGUGUGUUAAAGAAACACAUUCACUUCUUCGCGAAGUUCAUCAAGCAAUCUUCGAUGAGCAGGUGUUUGAUUUGGUAAAUCGUGAAGCAUUCAACCAGUCUCUAGGAGUCAAUGUGACUGGAAUACAAGAAAACUAUUUACAAUUGAACAUAGGUCAAGGAACCUCUGUGUUCAUAUCACUUGUCCCAUCUAGAGGUGAACAAACAGUUGACAGUCCAAGCACCCAAAACUUAGAAAAUACCAUUUUACCUUUGGACACAUUGGAUGGGUUGGAGUUAGCAGAAGAUAAACCGGAUACUGUAAAGAAAACUUCACUAAUUCCUGAUCAAAUUAGUUGUGAAAUAUAUCUGCAACAGAUUUUUCACCAGCAUGUAUUUGUCAAAGCAAAGGAUAGACCCACUUCAGCAGGUGCUCGAGUAUCUGGUCAACUGGCCAAAGAAGGGCCUGGUCUUCUUGGUCAUUUCUGCAUGUCUUUGGCUCAUAGGAUUUUUUCAAAUAAAGUUCUUAAGGAGCUGGAAAAUGUGGUUAAAGGGGUACCAUAUCUGCAGUUGUUAUCCCACCCCACUUGGCAUUCACGGACAUCAUCCUGGAUGCUCUUUGUGAAGAUUCCUGAAUCUAUUCUACAUGCAUGCCAAACUAGAACUUCAGACAUGCGUCACAUGAGGAACAUUACCAAGUCUCAGUUUCAUACUAAGGUGGUUGUAACUGAUGAUUGCAUCAAUGUAGAAGGGGAAGGUGCUCCUAAUGUUGUUGGCCUGUUCAAAGGGAAUUCUGAGGAAAUUUGUUUAAUGAACAGAUACGACUGUGACUUGGCGGAUCUUCCUGUGAUAAUUUUACAGCAGGUUGCAAGUCAAGUUAUUCGCUGGCUUCACGAAGAAGCUCUUAUGGUUGGAAUAAAGGCAAACAGAGACUUUCUAUGUUUGUCUUUUGAGCUGGAUCUGGGAGAAACACUCAGCUUGGUGGCACAUGUGGACCCAGAAGAUGGCGAAGGAUGUAUCUCAUGGUGGUUGGUCAUAAAUGGUGGUUUUGUAGAGGAACGAAAACUUAGUAUGGACGCUUCAGAUGGUGCAUCAGAAUCUAGGAAGUUUUUAGGUCAUCUAUCCCUGGAAGUGUUAUAUUCAACACUGAUGGACUUGGUUAGCCUGUGCACUGGAAGAGGCAACUGAUGACGAACCAGACGUUCUUUGUGCUUUCCAAGAGGAAUAGCUUCUGGUGUUUGGUAUUAGUCAGCCACAUUGCAUAACAUCGUAGUAGUGAAAUGUCGUCAGCCGCCCUCACCAAGGCUCAUGCUUGAGGAAAAUGAGAUUUAUGGGCUUGCUUGGCUCUAAAUAGCACAUUGAAAGGUCUUAUUCGUGUGAACUUCUAUCCAUAUAGCGGCUCAUGGAAACGUAGGCGUUUCUUUUUCUUUUCUCAUUUAUGUACAAAUGCCCUUCCCAUUCAUGUAAUAAAUUAAAUAUACAAACCCAUUAUCAAUUGUGGCAUGUCCUUUGCCCUCUCAGAUGGGUAAUUCAGCCUCCAUUAACUAUUGUAAUCAAAUAUAACCAUGUAGGUGAGUGGGCUGGCAAUUACUCUAUA